AUGAUCUUCACCAACUUCUUCGCCGGCGUUAUCGCCCUCUCCAUCGGUGUCAACGCUGGUCCUUGCCGUCCCAUCACGCAGUCAUCUGCUGCCACUGGAUCUGUCACCACCACUGCUGAGGCCUCGCUCGCCACCUCUACCGUUCUCACCACCAGUGCCAUCGAUUUCACUACCGAUCUUACCACCUUCCUUACCCUGACUGCCGAGACUACCUCUGCCGCUGAGGAUACCACUACUGUCGAGGUCACCACAUCUGCCGAGGCUACUCCUACUGUCGAGGCCACUACCACUGCCGAAGCUGUUACCACUCAGGCCACCAGCGCCGCACCAGAAGCGACCUCUGCCGCCCUGACUUCCGUUCAGUGCCGAAGCAACGAGGAGUGUGAUGCUCUUCUUGAUGUUAGCGGACUGAGCUGUGCGGACAACAACUGCGAGUGCCAGGACAACGUCUGCCAUGCUGUUGCAUACUAG